AUGCACAAGCCAGAUUUAUGCUCACAUACUUUCCUGGAAAUGGUCUUGAGUUACUAUCAUUAUUACAGUCUUUGAGCCGGUAGCUCUCAUAUUCGCGUUGGUUCAGUUAAGGCAUUCAAGUUCGUUAAGAACAAUACCUCAUCUGCGGUGUGAAAUAUUUGUUCCUAAAUUGCCAGAUCAGACCAACCAAUUUCCACCAACCAGUUACACUUGGCUCAUUGCUAAUCAUCGCUACUUCACUGUAGAAUUAUUUUAUGUUAGAUGACGUGGCCUCUGUUAGGUAGUACUUGCGGAAGCUCAACCUGUUGACUUUCUACAACUUCUACUUGUUAGCUUAUUAUUGUGACUGCAUAUAGCUGUAAGCAAAGUGCUUUCAGUUGGGCAUAUAUGCUCUACUGUUUUAGGUGACCACAACAAACUAGAGUCGAUUUUAUCUCUGUUUUGGCUUGUUAGUCCUUGCCAGCAAAGUUUAUGCUUUCACCAAGUUCUAGCUUUGUUUUGUGGAAUCUAUAAGCUUUCUCCGUAUCUUAUUCUUGGUCGCCUCUCCCUUGUUCCACAGAAUUUCAGUCCUUCAAGUGCUGUCCGAGUUUGAGAAUGUUUAGAAGUCGGCUUUAAUACAUGGACAACUUAUAUGGGAAUACUACUACAAGUUGGUAGCUGUGUCCCGCUAUCUACAACAAAAGAACUUAUGCAUUCAGAACAUCAAGUUUAUGUUGCAAGAUUUAUCAUGAAACAUGCUUUUAAAUUGUUUUAGCUAUUUUUAUGUGAGGCAACAUGUUUGCAUGGAUGCUGACGAUCAAAGUACCACCUUGAAGACGUUGCCACUGUCCUGUUAAAGACAUACAUUUUGGAUCAGAGGAAGUUGUUAUUAUUGAGCUGUGUAUUUAACAGUGUUUGAAGUGUAUAAGUGAAUUGUACUAGCCCUUUCCAUGAGUUCGGACUUUUGGUUGCAUUGGCUAGUGCAUGAAGCUUGACAAACAGUACUAUAUUUUACUUCUUAUAUCAUGCUUCAUGCUACUGCUUGAAUUCACAUGUAUUAUGAAUCAUACAACAUACGUACUUAAUCUGGAAUGUGACUUUUUUUUGGGCAUGUACAAUCUUGACUCUGUUAUUUAUUUAUGCAUCUUCAACUGUUUCUGUAGGAAGGAUGAUGGCGUGACGGUGGUCUCUGUAGAUAAUUUGAAGAAUCCUUACGAAAAACAAGAAAACUUCAACACACGAUUCAAGUUGACCUUAAAUAAGCUGUAUGCUUGGACCUUAGUUUCCUAUGAUCGAGUUGUUAUGCUAGACUCUGACAACAUGUUUCUCCAGAACACUGAUGAACUAUUUCAGUGUGGCCAGUUCUGUGCUGUCUUCAUCAACCCGUGUAUCUUCCACACAGGCCUCUUCGUACUGAAGCCCUCUAUGGAAGUUUUUAAGAACAUGCUACAUGAGCUAGGUGUUGGGCGUAAAAACCCAGAUGGUGCAGAUCAGGGCUUUCUUACUGGCUAUUUCCCGGACUUGCUUGACCAACCAAUGUUCCACCCACCAGUUAAUGGUAGCAAACUUGAUGGAAAUUAUCGCCUUCCUCUAGGCUAUCAGAUGGAUGCAUCUUAUUACUAUUUGAAGCUCCGCUGGAGUAUACCGUGUGGACCGAAUAGUGUGGUUACAUUUCCAAGCGCACCAUGGAUGAAGCCAUGGUACUGGUGGUCUUGGCCAGUCUUACCUCUGGGGCUUUCUUGGCAUGAACAGCGUCGUGAACUUUUAGGGUAUUCGUCGGAGAUACCGAUGGCAUUAUUCCAGGCUCUACUAUACAUUGGAGUAAUUGCAGUCAACCGACUAGCGCGGCCUAGUUUGUCAAAGCUAUGUUACAACAGAAGAAUGGAGAAAAACAUUAUGUUUUCACUCACCACGCUCAGAGUAGUGGCAGCAUGGUCCAUACUUGCAGCUUACAUCGUUCCCUUCUUCCUCAUACCCCGGACUGUCCAUCCGCUGCUAGGCUGGCCACUUUACCUGCUCGGCUCUUUCUCACUUUGUUCACUUGUGAUCAGUGUCUUCAUCCUUCAACCCCUUGCUGUUCUCACAAUAUGGUUUGGUCUCAUCGGCACACUCUUUGUGAUGGCAUGCCCAUGGUAUAUGAAUGGUGUGGUCAGGGCAUUGGCGGUGUUUGCCUACGCGUUUUUCUGCGCGCCGGUUGCUUGGGCAUCUUUGGUGAAGAUAAUGAGCUCCUUGCAGAACCUAAUUGAGAGGGAUGCUUACAGACUUGGAGAACCUAACCAGACGGUCGAAUUUACCAAGCUUUACUAAGGUGGGAACGACAGAUACAUAUGGUCACUUCUAGUGUCAUUCAAUUUAAUCAGCUAAUCCCAAUUCACAUUGGCAAUUCUGAUGGCCAAUUCAGUUGUACAAGUAAAUCGAGUUUGGGUCCUACAAAUGUUGUAACACCAACUGGAACCAUUGGAAGUUUGGAGCCCAUGAUUGUCCUCUUGGACGUGUAAAUGAUGUAUACAGUGCAGGAGAAGGGGAAAAUUGAUGCGUGUGAAAAUGUGUUUGGUGUGGUACUUCCUCAAUAGCUAACUAGAGUAAUUUUGUUUGGUUU